CAUACUGCAGCGACGGACGCUUGAGAACAGUGCACCGCGCGCCGCCGGAAAUACUCUCCGGGACGGAAGCUUCUGAGGGCGAUAUACCGGAAGUGCCUCCUCUUCCGGCCUCUUUGGUCUCGGCCACAGAAGCGAGAUGACGAAGGGAACGUCAUCGUUCGGAAAGCGUCGCAACAAGACGCACACGUUGUGCCGCCGCUGUGGCUCCAAGGCCUACCACCUGCAGAAGUCGACGUGUGGCAAGUGCGGCUACCCCGCCAAGAGGAAGAGAAAGUAUAACUGGAGUGCCAAGGCUAAAAGGCGAAACACCACCGGGACCGGUCGAAUGAGGCACCUGAAAAUUGUAUACCGCAGAUUCAGGCAUGGAUUCCGUGAAGGAACAACACCUAAACCCAAGAGGGCAGCUGUUGCGGCAUCCAGUUCAUCUUAAGGAUUUCGAUGACUAGUCACGCAAUAAAUGUUCUGGUUUUAAAAAAUA